UUCCUGGUUCACCAUGGAGAUGAUAAGAGAUGCAAAGGCAUGGAAGCUGCCCGCCGCGCUGGACAAGUACAAGAGCAUCUAUCGCAAGGACUUCUGCUGGCACGACGAUUAUCACUCCCCCAUCCAGGCACACGUCCCGACACCUUCAUACCCUCCUCUGGAAGAGCUACCCAAGUGCUACCUGCCAGAGUGCCAGCCCUCUGACCUGUCCCCAAGAUGGGCAGGCAAACUGGAGAUCCUCGCCGAGCCCAUGCACGACCUGUGCUGCUGCUCGCCCCUUCCAGCUCCUGCUCCGACAGAUGAAACUGAGGGGGUGUUGGAGCCAAGGGAGCUGCCACCUGAUAACAUGGUCACCUACCAGCAGUUUGCCCAGGAUUUGUACAAGGAGGUGCUGUCCAAUGCUGACAAAUACAAAGCCAAGAACCUGAGCUCAUGUAUUUUAAUGCAAGACUGCUCUGACCUUGACUGGAAAAGUAUCUACAAGCAAGAUUUCGAGCCCCGGAGAGGAAUCCAUGCUGCAUUGUACACAGAGGAGAUAAGGCCUUCUCCUGUUUUCCCUGAAGAUAUCCGCUUCAAUGAGAGCCGCUGGGUGACUGAGUAUGCAGACAGCUACAGCAUCUUCCUGAAGAGGCUGGACUGGUCCUCUCCCAUCUCUGCCCAAUGGCUGCCCUUCGGGAAGGACGCGCGAUGGACGCCGCGAUGGAAACUGGCUGGUAACUGAGUGGUGCCAAGGUGGCUGUGGAUGUGUUACCUGUGUUGUUCUGUGAUUACAGCUCUUUGGCCCUCCAAGCUGCCUGUGUGAUAUUGCUCAUCAGAGACCCUGAAAGCCUUGGAAACCUCGUCACUACCAAACCCACCACCGUGUCUGUCAGAUGUGAAAUGUUUGGCAAAGUCUUCUUUAAGUGCAAUUUAUGAUUAAAAUCUCCCAAGAACCUCAGCUUUUAUCAUUGUCAGGAAAUGUAUUUUUGAGGGGACAAUGGAGGUUACAGAGCUAAAAUC